AUGGCAUAUUUGUCGACUAUUAAGAGUGAAUCUGAUAAGGAGAGUGACAAGGUUGAUGAAGAAUUUCACAACAAUAAUUUAAGUAAUGAGGAUGAGGAUGACAUAGACAUACAUGAGGCCUAUCAACUCUUGUUCAAGGAGAAAAAAGAGAGACAUGCUAGUAAUCUCCAGAAUUCACUUAAGAGUGUCAGCGAGUUAAAAUGUGUUAAUGAGAAGUUGGAAGACAAGGUUAAGAUAUUAACUAGUGAAUUGGAGAAAUCUAAUGCUCAUCUUCAGACUUUCAUAAGUGGAACUAAGAAAUUGGAUGAUAUUUUGGGAACGAAUAAGCCUACGGGAGAUAGGAAAGGUCUAGGAUAUGUUGAGGGUAAUACACAUGGUGCUGGUCCAUCUAAAACUGUAUUCAUUUUUGCCUCUAGGAAGUCUAACGCUAUCAACAGUCCAAAUAAAGGUAAGAAUGUUUCGAGGGAACAAAGUCAUCAAUCACGUAGAAAUUUUAUGCCUAAACACCCACAGACACGUACCUUUGAGCCUAAGUUCAUUCCCACCUGUCACCACUGUGGAGCUCUAAGACACACUAGGCCUAGAUGUUAUAAGUUAGGCAAUGAGCGUAGAAAUCAGAAUAUUCCAAGUCAUGUCAGUUUUCUGACUAAUCAGGUUAGUCAUUUGAUUGAGAUGCUUACUAGGCUGACUAGGAGUACCAAGUCAUCUAAGAAAGUUUGGGUUAAAAAGGAGGAUCUAGCUGGACUUUCAGGUCAGGUAAAUUGCUAUGUUGCUCAUGUUGCAUUAAAAGCCCAAGAUUUCAAUAUGUGGUACAUUGAUAGUGCUUGUUCUAGACAUAUGUGUGGUAAUAAGACUUUAUUCACUACUCUUGAUAAAUGCAAUGGGGGUAUGGUUACCUUUGGAGAUGGGGGCUAUGCACCUAUUUUUGGCAAAGGUACUGUACAAAUACAUGGAUUACCUGUGAUCUCAAAUGUGCUUUAUGUGGAAGGUUUAAAGUCGAACUUGUUAAGUAUUAGUCAGAUUUGUGAUGCUGAUUUUGAGGUUAGCUUUUUGGAAAAGAGAUGUACCGUGUAUGAUUCAUUCGAUGGGGUGGUCCUUGAAGGGGUUAGAACGUCUAAUAACUGUUAUGGAGUCCUACCUAAUUCUAACUAUGUGUGUAGGAGUGCAAAAAUUGAUGUGAGUGAACUCUGGCAUAAAAGAUUGGGCCAUUUAAACUAUAAGAGUCUAGUACAACUGGCUAAAAAGGAGUUGGUAGAUGGUUUGCCUAAAAUAGGUCCUAGUGAAAAUGUUGUGUGCGGACCAUGUCAACUGGAUGAUUUCUCGAGGUUCACAUGGGUAGAAUUGCUUAGGAAAAAAUCUGAUGCAUGUGACCUUAUAAAAUCUUUGUGUAAACGGCUUAAUAAUGAACUCAAUCACAAAGUGUCCAGAAUGCGAAGUGAUCAUGGAAAAGAGUUUGAAAAUUUCAAUCUUGAGAGCUUCUGCAUGGAUGAAGGGAUACUACAUGAGUUCUCUUCCCCUAUCACUCCUCAACAAAAUGGGGUGGUUGAAAGGAAGAAUCAUGUUCUUCAGGAUAUGGCUAGAGCCAUGCUUCAUGACAAGGGGCUAGCCUUAUAUUUUUGGGGAGAAGCUGUUAAUACUGCAUGCCACAUAAUCAAUAGAGUCUACCUUAGACCCAAAAUCGAUCAGACUCCAUAUGAGAUUCUAAAGGGUAAAAAGCCUACUGUCAAAUACUUUCGUGUGUUUAGGAGGUAUUUUAGAAAUAGUCGAGCAUUCCGAGUAUAUAACUCACGUACUCGUACUGUGAUGGAGUCUAGUGAUCCUACUGAACCGCUUGUGCCUGAAUCAUCUCUUAAGAUUCCUGAAACUCCUGAAAAGGAAACACAUCCACAAGAUCAAGACAUAAUACCUAAGGAACCAUCAACUAGGGUCAAGUCUAAUCAUCCUAAGGAUAAUAUCAUUGGGGAUCUGGAUGAAGGUACGAGGCUUCGUAAGAGAGUACUGAACAAUCUAGCAUAUACUAGCUAUGUUUCACAGGUAGAGCCUAAGAAAGUCGAAGAGGCCCUUAGUGAUGAGUGUUGGGUGAAUGCAAUGCAUGAGGAACUCAAUCAAUUUGCUAGAAACAAUGUGUGGAUCUUAGUACCCAGACCUGAGAAUUGUAACGUUAUUGUUUCCCCACUAUGUCUACAAACUCCACAAAGCACUCUAUGGUCUGAACAAACUCCUAGAGCUUGGUAUGAGAGACUUACGUCAUAUCUUGAGGAACAUGGUUUCUCUCGAGGUGGUGCUGAUAGGACCUUAUUUAUUAGACACAUUGAAGAAACUAUCACAAUCGCUCAAAUUUAUGUCGAUGACAUCAUUUUUGGUUCUCCUAUUGAGUCUUUAGCAUAUGAGUUUGCCGAGCGUUUGAAACAAGAAUUUGAGAUGAGUAUGGUUGGUGAGUUGAGUUAUUUCCUUGGACUUCAGGUGAAACAGACUGAGGAUGGCUUGUUUAUUUCACAGUCUAAGUAUGCAAAGAAUCUAGCUAAGCGGUUUGGGUUAGAUAGUAAGAAGCAUACUAGGACACCUAUGAGUACUAGCUUGAAGUUAGGUCGUGAUCCUUCAGAUGAUAGAAAAAGUACUUCUGGGGGCUGUUUCUACAUGGAUAGCAAUCUAGUAGCCUGGUUAAGUAAGAAACAAAAUUUCAUAUCCCUAUCCACGGCAGAGGCCGAAUACAUAGCAGUUGGAAGUUGCUGCACUCAGCUUCUCUGGAUGAAGCAGGUGCUGAGUGAUUAUGGGAUUAAUCAAGGGACCAUGACUGUUUUCUGUGAUAAUACCAGUGCUAUAAAUAUUUCUAAGAAUCCUAUUCAACAUUCUCGAACAAAACAUAUUUACAUACGACAUCAUUUUAUUCGUGAACUUGUUGAAACACAUGUUGUCUCCUUAGAUCAUGUUUCUACUGACAACCAAUUAGCCGAUCUACUUACGAAACCACUAGAUGAGAUGAGGUUUGAGUCGCUUCGGACAGCUAUUGAGAUUGGAAGAGCCAAGCCAAUUUGCUUAGUCAAUCAAAAUCUAUCAUUAGCUAAUUUUGUGAAUUCUCAUCAUGGAUUAUACGCGUGGAUAUGUGUAAAAAAGGCAGAUAGUGAUAUACUAAAAUGGCAAAGACUCAUACUUUACAACCAUAAUUUGAUUCUGUUAGAUAUCAAGAGGUUAAUACUUGGCCGAAGACCAUACUACCACAAGUUAAUUAUGGACCACAUUCUAGUUAUAGGAAUAGAAGUACAUGCAGCCUUAGUCGAUCUUAGUUUAAGUGAAAAUUAA